AUGUGUCAAGGUUCAAAACCAUAUCAUAAUCAGAAACCCACAAUUAUCAACAGCUUCCUGUCAGUAUUUCUCAGUCCCACGAGCCAACGCCCACAAGCCAAAGCCCACAUGAUCAAAGAUCGAAAGCCAACAAAUCAUGGAGAAGUUGAUUUCCACUCAUUCCCCAAAAGGUUGACCUAUCAAGUAAAGUUCUUCACAGAACCCACCAUCUCCUAG